CGCUUCUCCACUUCGCCACCUCACGUGCAGCACUACGCUACUUGUACAUUUUGGCGCUUAUACUUGACGAGUUCCUUAUACAAUCAUUGUCUUGAGGAUGUCGGACUUGAAAGAAGAUGAUCACAGAUUAAAAGCCAGAUUGGACGUGCUAGAAGAAAUGGAGACUGCGUUUGUUGCUGAAAUACAAAGUCUUAAUGAACUUAUUGCUGUUUUCGAACGUGAAAGUCCAGGAGAAUUCCGGAAUAUUGAUGAUCGCCAGUCAGAGAAAUUAAGCGAGAUGAACCGUCUAGCUGAGAAGCUCAACGCUCUCGAAAAUUUGGAGACUGACCUGUUAAAAAGAUUAUGUGCUCGUGAAAAUAAAGUGGACGAAAUUUGUAUGGAUUCUAACAAUAGAGCGUUAAAGGCAGUUAAACUAUUAGAAAAUCAUCUGUCCAGAGUGAAAAAAACUGCACAAAUGAGAACAUCGCGAUUGUGUGGAUGGAUCGAAGGAUUAGAAGAGGACGUUUUUUGUUUACAGAGUUAUAAAGAUGAAUUAGAGCAGAAGUUAAAGGAAUGUCAAUCAACAUUAGAAAACACUCAAGCUCAGUGUGAAACCCUCCAAGUUCAACUCAAUCCCACGAUGUCUCUAGUUUCUGAAGUUGAUAAAGAACGCAAACUUCUCGAACAAAUGGUCGUUAAACAGAGGGAGGAAAUCAGAGAAUUAAGACGACGCUUGGAUAAUAUGCCUGCAAAGCUUACGUCUUUACUUGCUGCAAUACGGGUGGAUUCGUGUCCAAACAAGGAGAUAAUGGAUAUUUUACAUGAUCAAAUUGAAGAUAUACGUUGGGAAAAUAAAGAAAUUCAUCGAAAAAUAAAAGAUUAUGAAGAAUUAAAGGCGAAGAGGAAAUGCGAGAAAUCGCUGGAAUCUCCUGAAUCGCCAAGGGAUGCUGAAAAGGCCGAGGCUGCUAUUAUGUAAGAUAAAAUUUAGAUAUUUUUACUUAAUUCAAACUGUUGUUUUUAAUUUAUUCACUGUUUUUAAUUCUUUAAAUACUUAUUAAUAAAAUAACUAGAGGGUUUUCUUCAAAAAGUUAAGUAUUAUGUGACUAUUGGACUGAUAAAUCACAAAUUAAAGUAAUAUGCAAAAUAAGUAAUUAUAAUGUAAGCUAAUUGAGGCAGUAUUUCGGUCAGUAGAAAACCAGGAGGUUUUUUCGAGAUUCGAAUAUGCUUCUCUUCCUUCAGUGGUACUAAGCUGUAAAAAAAUAGCGUUUGAGUGUGUCGAUCAAUAAUGUUUAUGAUGAUGCAUAAUCAAUUUAGGCGGCUAGGAGAUGAGCGAAUACAUGAACUGGUGUGAACAAUCGAUAAUUUGCAUUCAUGGAUGAUUGGUAAUGUGUUGUCCACAUAUAUGAUGGCACUGUGACCUUAGUCAAUUAAUCAGGCUCUUUCACUUAUUAGAAAUAUCAGAUCUGUGUAUAUAGUAUACAUGUGCCUCCGCCUCUACGUGCAACUCGCCACUUCGUAAUUAUUAUUUAUAGCUUAAUACCAUUUACAGGGAUUAAAAAUCAAUCUUCUGAAUUAUCACUUUUAUUUACAAUCGGGUACACUAAGGUGUAUUCAUCACAAAUUGAGUUCUCAAUUAAUGUAUAGAAACAGUGAAUUAUCUAACUUAAAUUGAUUGGUUAAGUUAAUAUGAGUAAUGCCUUCAUUGACAAGUAAAGCAUAUUUAAUGAAAUCUAUCAAAGAAAUCAGGAUAAUCAUCAAGAGUCAUUUUAAUGAAUAAAAAAAAUAAAAAAACUCAUUGUUGCUGCUGUUGAAAAUGUAGUUCCACUCUUUUCCACUUUAGUUUAUAUAGUAUUAUGGUAGAAGUUUCCCAAUCUUUCUUUUUGAUCAAAAGAUUUAGUUGUAUGUCAGCCAUACAAAUUAUGCUUUUUGACAGGGAUCUACACUCUCUUCUGCAAAAGUUUUUUGACCCAUCUGUUUUUGCUUAUUAUAAAGAAAAAUUGUGUGAUACCUAAGUGUGUCUUUUGCUGUAUAAGCUUGACUGAUAUAAUAAUAUGUAAAGUUGUAGACUCAAUAACGCCGAUGCGGUGGUUAAGCGGUGCGAGAAAACCAGGUAGGCCUUAGACCAGGAAGAGAGAGAGUGUAUUGAUGGUACCUUCACUCUUCAACAAAUUCUGGAAUAUAGACAUACCAGUGUCCAACACUGCCAUGUUUUAUUGGGCACUAGUAGCUAGUGUGAUGCGUCUAGUCCUUUCUUUGGUGCAGACUGAAUUCUAUCAGUCACGUUUGCAAUGUGGCCACCAUUCUAGGUAGCUCGCCAUCACGGUGACCUCCUAUAGGAAGUCAGUCGCAAGCCCGAAUAGUUCAGUGGUAACGUCUAUGACUGCAGCACUGAGUAACGCGGGUUCGAAUCUCAGAAGGGACAUGAGUUCCUUCAAGGUUGCAGAUACGCCCUACUGACGAGUGCCAACUAGCACGAAACCUAGGUCAAGCAAGGCUUCCUGCGGCCGAUUGCCUCCAACCAGCUAAUACUGCCACAUUUUAUCGAUAUAAGGAUAAAAUUUGGGCACUGUGGUUGAGUAUAAUUCCAUUAUGGAUAAAAUCUAUUCACAGUGUUAUACAGUAAUGUUAUUUACUGAUGACCACGUUUCGAGCACAAUUUAUUACUGCUCAUAAUCAUAUCCAGGUACUCACACUUGGUUUUAGGCAUAUAGGAAUGUAUAGGCUGUCUGGUUGGUGUCCUCGAGGUGAUAAGAACAAAUGGCUGGAAACUAUUGAUGAUAUGGCUCGAAAUCGUUGUCAAUGGCGCAGAAGCAUUCACACUUUGGGAUGUACUAUACCGUCAUGUUCUCCUAUGUCAAUAUUUUUCCUCUUGCAUAUUUCUGCUUAUUAUAAUUCUUUUGAAAUUAAUUUUUUCUCUUUGUUGUUUACCUUAGUGUGCAACUGGAACUACUGUACUUGUGUGCAAAGUUCUAUGCUGGAACUCUGUUAGUCAGUAUUGUACACAAAAUUAAUCCAAUCUCAUAUCAUUUUCUUCUCCAUAGGGCAGUGGAAUAGUUAGUUUAAAUAAUCUUUUUUUAAUUUGUUUAUUUGCGUUUUCCUAAUUCUAAACACCACUUUGCCUUUGUUAAUGACAUGCUGCCAACCUCUCUGUCUAUCUCCCACUUACAUGGUUCCACAAUUUCUUUUGUAGGCAUUAUUGUAGGAGUUUAGAUCUUGAUCGAGAAAAAUCCCUCCUAGACACUGAUCUCGUUCAGCAGAGGAUAAUAGAACUUGGCGAUAAGCAACGCAACCUGAAAGGAGAGUUACGUUUCCUGAAGGAAGAAAAUUCGCGUUUGUCGACUCAAGCCACUGAAGUUAAGGCGCAACUUGAUGCUCUUCAGAAAAAGUGAGGCAUCUGGUGAAAGAAUUAAGCCUUCAAGAAGUGUUCUUCAUUGCAAAAAUGUACUUUUCAGAAUAUAAACCUUCUAAGGGGAAUAUUUAUUGGUACUUCUUUCUCUUAAAAACUAAGAAAAUUAUUUCCACCCCACGGAGUAUGUGAUAAUGUUUGUUACUGGCCCGAUCACCAGUAAUGCUUUUCUUUCUUUAGAAAUUAUUAUUAUUGUCAUUAUUCGAAUGGUAAACUUACUUGACAAUAAUUACAACAGUAUUCUUCUGACUAUUCUCUAUGCUACUCCCAUUAUGUGUUUAUUGUACAUUUUGUGACACAAUAGAAACUAGA